CUCAGUACACAAGCAUCACUGAAAUACGCCACACCAGAGAGGAAAAGCAGGAGCCGACGCAAAAGGCAAAGACACAAGCAGAGAGAGAAGAAGCGAGUGCGAAAUCCCCGCCAUCUUGCGAAGGCGGAGUCACUCGGGUGAUCGAUAGCGCCCCGGCUGCGAGUCGGCGGCGACGCCAUUACUACAGGAAGGUCUUCGCCGGAGGACCUCGUGCGGCGCUCGCUCUCCCGGGACAUUUUGUCACCCAGCUUUCUCUCUCAGUUCUCGGUAGUCGGAAAAAGUGCAUGAACUCUUCAGAAUUCUGAACAAUUGAUAGUAGAAGGAUGAGGACUGACUGCAAGGUAUACGUAGGCAAUCUUGGCAACACUGAAGCCAAACAUGAAUUGGAAUCGGCCUUCUCCAAGUAUGGGCCCCUUGUAAAUGUAUGGGUCGCAAGGAAUCCACCAGGCUUCGCAUUUGUGGAGUUUGAGGAUCCUCGGGAUGCAGAAGAUGCUGUGCGUGCCUUGGAUGGAACACGCAUGUGUGGUGUCCGCGUCAAAGUCGAAAUGUCAACAGGACGCUCUCGACGGGACCGCUUCCAUUCCCCUCCCAGACGUGGCGGUGGCGGGGGAAGACGGUCGAGGUCACGAUCUCCCAGGCGGUUUGGCGGUGGAGGUCGCGGUGGUGGACGCUCACGGUCUCGCUCUCCUCGCAGGUCCCGUUCCCGCUCUCCAAGUGACCAUGAAUAUGAGGCAAGGCCAGCUCGCCGAGGAUCCCCAAGAUAUGAUGAUUACCGCCGACGAAGUGAAUCCCCAGCAUUCAAGAGACGCUCACGUUCUCGAUCAUAAUUGGAGGAGCCAAACAAAUGAGAGAUGCCUUGUGUUAUAACUUGGAAAGUGUCAAGUUGAUAAUUGAAGGCUGUAGUACGUCUGCUUCAAAGCUACUCCCUGUUGCAUUGUGACAGGAUUAUUGGUUUUGUUUAUCUUUUUAUGCAGUUUCGUUACAAGGAUUUAGCUAUUUAGAUUCCAAGAUUUUUUUCUUGUAUUUUAUUUAUUUUAUAUUUUAUUUUCAAUUUUUUUUCUACAACAAGGUUACUUGUUUCUCAUUUGUUGAAAUAUUGACUGCAUCAGGAAGCUCAGGCAAGUAAUUUGCCUUUUGAUGCUGAAAAUUUAAUUUCUCAAAUGUUCACAUUUUCUUCAAUAUGGAAUUGAUAUCCAGAGUUUUUUAAAUGCUUGUGUAAAUGAUUGAAUGAAUGAAUGAUUGUGUAUGUAUGUAAGUCACACCUAUACCUUUCACACAAUUUUCUUUUUAAACUCAUUACUUACAAAAUAAUUUGAAAGGUAUAGGAGAUUCCAAUUUAGAUUAAGGAUACCUGAACAAAUAAAGUUUCACAAUUAAAAGUGUUUAUUUAUCAUGGGUGUAAUUUUUGUGCUAAACAUUAUCUCUUGUCAAUCUCAUCAAAAUUUUGUUGGAAAUUGAAAACAUCAUGCAUCCAGUUUAAGAAGCUAAACCUCAAGAUUGUAAAGAUGUAUUAACAGUAGGAUAUACAACUUUGUAGUUUCACAAGAUCCAUUAUUUUGUAUUAAUCUUAUUAAAAAGGAUAUGAAUA